AUGCAAUCAUCGUCUACUUCGUCUUCGAACUGGGACUUCACUCCGGUGAUUAACCUACUACGUUCGCCCACUUACGGCGAUGGUUACCAGUCCGGCCUCUCUCGCCACUAUGAGUCUCGCCGGAGUCCAUCCACCUCGGGAUCUUCUACGCCUAAGAACAUUGUGAAGCACCCAGGCCUUCAGACCAACGAUGUGGCUUUUCAACCCGAAACCUCUCCUAAACUCGGUGAUUUCAGCUCUCUCUGGAAUGCUUUGGGUCCUACCUCCACUACCCCUGUCAAGACAGAGGCUGGGGCGCAUAAAGAACCUCCGGCUCCGGAGGUUGCUGCUGAGCAGCAACCUCAGCGAUCACCACGAAUUGAAAUUUUAGAACGACCGGCACAGAUCAAGGACGUCGGAAGCUUCAGUGAUGGACUUCCCCGGACUCUUCCCAAAUCCAUCCCUGGCUCCGGCACCGCCAAAUCCGGUAAAUCUACAGCUAGAGGCAACAAGACCAAACAGCCAUCCCAGAACAACAAUCUCUUCGAGUCUAGCUCCCCGGGAAGUAGCGCGGAAGCAGACUCCGAUGUCAGUAUCUUCGAUCCGUCUUUCUCAGUAGGGAAAGGCGUCCUGUCUUUGGUCCCUCCGCAGGUAAAAGCACCACCUACCAUCAAAAAAUCAUGCGAAACACCGCCAUCGUCUUAUGACGAACGUGAUGAAAACUUGACCCCCAAGGGAGUUAAGAACGUACCCAGCUGUGGCACUAUCCGCGUUCAGCCUAUCGCCUACAAAUCAACCCCCGAAAGGAGGGUUGGCCUUUUAACCAAACUUUUAAACAACUUUCCCGAAUACGCGGAGUCUGUUGCACAGCUUGGUCGCUCUGCGAAUUCAAGCCGCCCUGCACAGGCCUCCCGCCCCAUCCACGUCUUUGUUGACAUGUCCAAUAUCAUGGUAGGCUUUCAUGAUUCAGUAAAAGUAUCACGAAACAUACCAGUGACGACGCGCAUCCGACGAGUGCCUCUCUCGUUCCAUAACUUCUCCUUGAUACUGGAGCGAGGUAGGCCGGCUUCCAAACGAGUACUGGUGGGAUCCGACCGGUUCGCGGCGAUUGACGAGGGCGAGAAACUUGGUUACGAGGCGAAUAUCCUCGACCGAGUGCAGAAGGUGAAACAGCCAACUCGCCGUCAGUUGCGGUUCCGGAAGAAGUCCCGGGGCGCUCAGGAUGGCAGUGGUUCAGAAACGAACGACGUGCCUCCCGGGCGAUGGGUCGAGCAGGCUGUGGACGAAAUUCUACACCUCAAGAUCCUGGAAAGCCUGUUGGACACCGAUGAACCGGCGACCAUCGUGCUCGCGACGGGAGAUGCGGCGGAAGCCGAAUACUCGGGCGGGUUUAUGCGAAUGGUUGAGCGGGCGCUGCAGCGUGGGUGGAAUGUGGAACUGGUGAGCUUUUCGCAAGUGACCAGCUACGCCUAUCGCAAGAAGGAAUUCCGAGCCAAAUGGGGCGAUCGAUUCAAGCUGAUCGCGUUGGAUGGAUACAUUGAGGAAUUGAUGGCAUGGCCAUAUAUGAGGGGCAUCCAACUCCCGGCCGCAAAGCCCCCGCCAUCCGAACGGCGGGACGUCAUUCCGCCGCACCUUUUCUUUCUUCCCUCCUGCAACGCCGUCGCACUGCAGAUUUUAUCUGAGCAGCAAAUCAUGGCCACAUACGUGACGCAGGGUUUCUACGGGGCCGCCAUCGAGGGUGUCAUUCCCCAGGGCUGGAUCGACUCAAGCACCCUCCGCGAAGUCCCCGAUCAUCAAGAAAUCUUCCUCUCCCCGAAAACCCUCACGUCGCAGAUCAUCGAAAUCAACCAACGCGUCGAUACCGAAGACACUCUCACUUUCCACACCCCAUCCGCUCCGUCCUCUACGCCCCCCAAUGCCGACGACAUCAACAAAGCCGCCGUCCUGUUCCAUCUGCACGACCUGUGCGACGAAACCGACACCUUGAAUGUCGCGACUCCGCCGCAGUCCGUGGCGCUGCCGAAUCUGCCCCAAGCGCGCGCAUACAAGGGCGUUGCGACGCUGACGUCGCCGCGGACACAGCGCCAAGGAGGUCAGGGUCCUGGGGGCGUGGGUAGUGCCGUGGCGGGGUCAAGUGCGGAGGGAUCGUUGACGAGCACGACGGGUUGUUAUUAUCUGUUGGUUAGGCUGGAGGAGCAGGAAACGGAUGUAAUGGUGUUUGUGAAUGUGCCGAGGGAGGAAUUCGAGGCUGCGGGUGAUACGAGGGGAUUGGCUGAGGAGGAGAAGUUGGCUGGGGGUUUGGUGGAUGAGUUAGUGGGGAGGUUGAGGAUUGUGGAUUGGGGGUUGUUUGCUUGA